GGAGUUGGUGGGGAGGAGGAGAGACGGAGAGGGGGGAGAAAGUGCAGCUCGCGCGACCAGCCUCCUCUUCCAACGUCACAUUGUGCGAGAGACAAAACCCGGGCGCGCCUGAGCUCACACGCGCACGCACACACAGACGACCCCGUCGCCUCUUCUCUCCUGGCGCUGCCGAGAAAGCCAGCCCUCCCUUCCCUUCCUGGGGCGCAGAGGCUUAGCAAGCUCAGUCCUCAGCCCAGAGACAACACAGAAGGCGAAGAAAGGCGGUGGAUCAGCCUUCUUUCUCCCCUGCCUGCCCGGGCUGAGGCUCCCCAUCCCCCCGCCCUGAACCCCUGAUCUCUCCCACCCCACCCCUCUGGGUUUCACACGGAGUGAGCCCGGAGCCGGGUGUGCCCCCAUUUGGAAUCCACGUUUCAGCACUUCGGACAGCGCCCGGGCGCCCCGGGCCCCUUUGGGUUGGCUAUGGCGAGCGUUCAGCAAGGGGAGAAGCAGCUUUUCGAGAAGUUCUGGCGAGGAACCUUUAAAGCUGUGGCCACCCCGCGUCCCGAGAGCAUCAUUGUCGCCAGUAUCACGGCCCGGAAGCCGCUGCCAAGGACAGAACCCCAGAGCAGCCCUCUGGUUCCAGCUCAGGAUGGACCCUCGGAAAAGCUGAGCCAGCAUCUGGCCCCCGAGGCCUUGGGCACCAACAGCUGGGAGAGAGACAAGGCCUGCCGGGAGCUCAGUCCUGCCAGAGCACGCAGUGCCUCCCGCGACAAAGACUUAACGCCACCACCUUCCUCCAGGGGGAAGAAGAAAAAGAAGAAAUCUACCCGGAAGAAGAGAAGGAGGUCCCCGUCAUAUAGCCCAUCGCCUGUCAAGAAAAAGAAGAAGAAAGGCUCCAAAAAACAUAAGCGACACAGGUCGUUCUCCAAGAAGAGAAGGCACAGCUCCUCCAGCCCAAAAAGCAAAAGGAGGGAUGAGAAGAGGCACAAAAAACAAUCACGAAGCCGGCCCCGAAAAUCUCAUCGUCACCGUCAUCACCAUUAUCCUUCACGAUCCCAGAGCUCCGAGUCCCGCUCCUCAAGCUGUGAGAGCAGGCACCGCGGCAGGUCCCCCGAGGAAGGGCGGAAGUCCCGCCGAAGGCACUCCCGCCGCUGCUCCAGGACCCUCGGCAAGGCCAGCCCCAAGGCCCGCUCCAGCCCCCCGCCCAACCAGUCCCUCCAGAUGCUCAGCCUCCUGUCGGCCAGGGGUGUAAUCACUGGGUCGGGGUCUGCAGCUGACCUCUUUACCAAAACAGCCAGCCCGCUCACCACGUCCCGAGGACGCUCCCAGGAGUAUGACUCAGGCAAUGACACCUCUUCACCACCCUCCACGCAAAUCAGCUCAGCCAGGUCACGUGGUCAAGAGAAGGGGAGCCCCAAUGGGGGCCUCACCAAAAGCCGGGAGCUCAAUUGUGGCAACACCUCGGAUUCAGGGAACUCCUUCACCACCUCCUCACCCCAGAACAAGGGGGCCACUCUGGAGAAUCUCUCCCCCACCAGCAGGGGCAGAGAGUCAAGAGGAUUUCAGUCGCCAUGUCUGGAAUGCGCAGAGGUGAAGAAGUCCAGUUUGGUCCCAGCCACAGCCCGGAGCUCCCCCAUGAGAGGGUGCUCCCGCAGCCCCUCCUAUGCCAGCACCCGCUCUUCCAGCCACUCCUCCCGAUCCCCGAACCCCAGGGCCUCCCCCAGGUACACCCGAAGCCGAUCCACCUCCUCUGGAAAAAGGUCCUACUCGCGCUCUUCCAGCUAUUCCUCCAAGUCUGGCAAGAGGAGCCCGCCCAGCAGAAGCUCCCGAUCCCGUCGCAGCCCCAGCUACUCGCGUUACAGCCCCAGCAGGGAGCGGGACCCCAAGUACAAUAAGGACUCGCAGCAGCGGGAGCGCGAGCGAGCGCGUCGGAGGCGGCGGUCCUACUCGCCCAUGCGAAAACGCCGGAGAGACUCCCCGAGCCACUUGGAGGCGCGGAGGAUAACCAGUGCCCGGAAACGCCCCAUCCCCUACUACCGGCCCAGCCCCUCUUCAUCCAGCAGCCUCAGCAGCACCUCCUCCUGGUACAGCAGCAGCAGCAGCCGCUCGGCCAGCCACAGCUACUCCCGCAGCCGCAGCCGGAGCAGGACCCGCAGCCGCAGCCGCAGCCGGAGCAGGACCCGCACUAGCAGCAGCUCCAGCUCCCGCAGCCCCAGCCUGGGCUCCCGGAGCCGGAGCCGGAGCCGGAGCCGGAGCUACAGCUCAGCAGACAGCUACUCCAGCACGAGGCGCUAAGCAAGGGCCCUCCCCUGAGCCAGCUGCCGGCAGGGGGGCCCCUUGCACUCUGCCAGCCUCCCCCACUCCCUGCCCACCCUGCCUUCUCCUUGGGGACAGACCUUGAGGGCACCUGGACCCUGUCCUUCCUGCUCUCCUGGGGAGGAGGAAAAGAGGGUAUGGGGCCUUCGGCCUCUACAUCAAGCUGCUAGGAGCCUCCACCAGCACCACCCUGGGGCUCAACUCGGGCCUGGGGUCUGGAGAGAUCUACCCUCUGCUGGCACAAAAAACCUCAAGGUUUUGUAAGAAGCAAUGGGUCCGUGAUUCGAACGUUUUGGACCUGGCCAGGAAAACAGUCUGCUCACCCACUGCUCACAGGAUGCAUAUGGAAGGCUAGCAUCACACUUGUCCUCACUCUCCCUUCAUUCAGCUUCCUGACCCUUGCAUGUGGACCCUCAUGGGGUGGGAGGAGACCAGAGGAAACCCAGGAAAGUUAGGCCCAGGAGAGGGAGUCAGGCCUUUCACCUCCCCAAACAGACCAGAGCAAAGGCUGGAAGGCUAUCCGAGGGGGGAGAGAAGGGGACCUAUCUAAGGAGGGAUCAUGGAUAUUUCAGUUGGAAGGAAGUGUCAGGAGAUAGGAAAUGGGUUCUCUGUGAGUACAGACGUGAAGGGCAGGGGUCAUUCGGCCGCCUUCCCCCCCCCCAUUAUCUUGGUGUGGUCUGGAAAAGCAGUCCAGUAGGUUCUAGCAAUGGAGAGACCCCCACAUGGCUUAGACAGCCUCUUGGCUCUUCACAGGGCCCCUGAACCUCCCUGAGAAAGGACACAGUGGAUAGUCAGGACAGCUUGGUCCACAGCCCCACAGCCCAAAUUGGCCUCAGCCUGCACUGGCUGGCACCAACUUGAUUCCACGAGACCAUCUGCUGAACGUCCCCCCCCAGUGCCAUGGCCAGCUGCCAGUCCCCAGCGCCGGCCAGUCUGGCCUUGCCCUCCAGUUGGUGCCUGCCUGCCCCCUCCCCCACUGCCAGGACCGCCACACCCUGGAGCCCACCCAAAGCAGCUGAGCAUCAGCUCACCCACCCUUAGCCCCAGCCACCCCCUUUGCCUCUCAGGAAUUUUGCUAGGAUGGGGCACAGCAGCUCAGGUUUUGGGGGGAAAGACCCAAAUCCAGAGAGUGUGAGGGGACAGGGACCUGGAUACCCCAUAGCCUGGGAUUCUGCUGGCUUCUGAGGCUUCUUUGUCAGCUCAAGCCCCACCUUCAUUUCUGCCCUCACCCUAUCUUCCCCCUGCCCCGGGGCUGGGCAGCACGGGUAAGCUGAUCUCCAACACACAAAUACCACCAGUUGCUUCAUCCACAGCAGUCACUGAGAACAGGGGUGUGAGGGGGAGGGUCCUUAAAAUAAACUCUUGGGCAUCCCCCUCACCAGCUGACUGGCUUUCCGGACCCUUGUGGGUGAGUUUCAAGUUUGCGGUGGCAACAGCAGCAGGACAGGGCAUGGAGAGAGAUAGGGGGGACAGUUCCUGGCUCUGGAUACUGGGGCCAGCUAUGGGGAAGCAGGGACCAAACACUCUUUACCCUUCACACCCCAGGGAAAACAUCUGAACAAAAAAAUCCUUUUUCUUGAAAGCAGUGACCCGUCUCCCCCAUCCUCCAGUCUUUCCCAUUACAUCACCCCGUGGGGCCAGAAACUGCCCCGCAACCACCCACAUCCUCCACCAGGAGAGCAGAGCGAGGCGCCCCAGACGGCACUGGACGACCUGGCCUUCCCACGAUGCCCUCUGGCCCGGCCCUGGGCCCCACCUGCCCAGACUGAUGGAUGCCAAUGCUGUCACCACGGAAGGCCGAAUGGCAGGUGCCUGGGACAGGGGCAGGUGCCCUGGGAGGGCAUGUACAGCAACUGUAAAUAACCCUCUUCCCUGCCCAGGAACGCAAGCUGGGCUCCAGUCUCCCACCAUGGAGCCACAGAACCUCAUUAGCGGGACAGCAGUGAGAGAGGCCCGAGAGCCUCCAAUCAGACUGCCUUCAGACAACUCUAGGGGACCAUUCUGCCUGGGGCUCCUAGCAAACCUAUUAUUUAUUUUAUUUAUUUGUUUAUUUAUUUAUAUGAUGACUUCUUUCUCUCUCUCUUAGUUGCCAUUAGCAGUAUUCAACUAUUUAUUUAUUUAUAUGAAGAGGGGUGUGUGUGUGUGUGUGUGUGUGUGUGUGUGUGUGUUUGGGGGGGGUGCUUCUAAAUUAUUUUUGCGCAUGUCUUUUUUUCCUCGCGUCUUUGUGGGUGGAAUCUGAGAGGUCUGAUGUUGAUUAAGGAUGUUGGCCUUGUCCCUGUGGGGGAGACCCACAGAGCUCUAAGUCCAAACAUCCUGGAUUUGGCCUGGAGGAGGUAUGGGGGGGGCACUUCAGACCCAAGGUUCAUGGUUAUGUCAGUGAGGUUCAGGCUUGUGCCCCAGCUCCCUGCCCACCAGCGGCCUCACUGAGGUAUCAGAAAGAUGAAAAACAGCCACGAGGCUUGUGAGCUAAGGCCCCGAAAUGAUACAGUGGAGUCACAGCUCACGUGGCGGUUGGAGUCUAAAGUUAGCAUAACGGAACGAAGGCAAAACUUGCCGAGUCAGAAAUCUCGGUGUGAGCGCUGUAGGGAGGCACUGCUGGGAGACAGCUCUACUGUCUCUUGCCCACUGAGGAGGCUUCGUUCCGUACUUAUUGAAAUAGCUGCCUUGGGUUUGGGCGGCCAUGGUGGUUUAGCACCGGGAUUAAACUUCGAGUUGACAAGGAGAGAGUAUGGCAAGAAUUGAGCUGACUGAGGGGAGAGAAGAGGCACUAGGGUCUCACCCUUACUCCAGGGCAUAGGGUAGUGGGCAGGAUCCCUCACUAGCUCUUCUGAGCAUGCAUGGUCUGUUUCGUGUAAAUUACACAUGCUUCCGCCUCCACUGUUCAUUUCUCCCCUUCCCCUGAGGUUUUUCCAGACUGCUCUAUUCCUUCUGUGGUGGACACACACUGCUUCCCGGAGCACGGUCCACCAUCCUAAGAGAGAUACACAGACCCAAAGCAAAAGCCUUUUACUUGAUCUCUUGCUUUCCAUCAGAGGAGAGCACAGAGCUAUUUCAGAAAUUAGGGAAGGGGGGAGGGGAGACAAGAUGAACAGCCAGAGGUUCCCCAAGAGAAGGUCAUUUCAGGGCCCAUCGAGCCAGAAUCUAGAGGCCUUUACCAGUCCUGCCUCUCUGACUAACUGCAGGGUCUUGCUGCUUCCCGGAGAGGACCCCACCCUUUCCAAAGUCACCAUUCACUGCCUUGGUAUCGCCAGCUCCUCUGGUCCAGCUUUGAGUUUGGUGAGACUUCUGCAACAUCCCUGGUUGUUUCCCUGGCAAUGUGACUUAACCCAGCUCUAACCCCCAGCCAGGGGGAAGUUUGCAAGAAGGCUGCUUAAAUGCCUCCUGGGGUGGGGAGUGAGGGAGGAAUCUCUAGCCGCCCCCCUCUGGCAGGAUCUGCUUCUCUAAUUUCCCUUACAUUUCCUUUCUUAUGCAUCCAAAAAUAAAACCCUUGUUGGGGUGCUGGUAACUUUGCUUAACCAGAACCCCCAGUUCCUGACAUCACUGUUCCUCUGCCUACUUCGCCCACAUUACCUUCUGUUUCCAGGGAAUGAAACAAAUAGCCUGAAACCUGCACCGCACUUAUUUUAAAAGCCGGCGUUGGGGGGGGAGGGGGUGGUGUGUGGCUAGAGGCCCAGCAAACAUGCAGCCUUCCUGGAGGAAUGAAUCUGGACAGGUCGCUCCGUUUUUCCAGGCCAAAGAUUACCCCUUUGAGAAGUGGGGGAGUUUUUGAAAUAUAAUCCAGAAUGUUGACCUGUGACCUGGGAAAUUGUCUAAAGACAGAGUGAGUUCACCAGGAUUGAGAAGGAAAAGGAAAAGCGCCUCAAAUAUUUUUAGGAGGUUCUCAAUCAUGAGAGUAAAACUUAAAGCAAUAUGUGAAUUCCCUUCAGUUAAACUAAGAAAAGCUAACUCCCUCCAAGCCCCCAUCCAGGAACAUUCUAGUUCAUCAACGUUUGACUGCAUUCCUAUCUCUGUUUCUUCCCUUCCGUGAAGGAAAGGCAAUCUUUCAGAAGCCAAACAAAACUAAGAUGUUUGAAAGACACAAGGGUCUCGGUGUCAGAGAGCCCCCAUCAUGCAUCAGCUCAGAACCAUCCUUCUUCCCAAAGGCUUUGCUGGAAGAGGGCCAAUGUUCGGGUGCUCCCAAAGGUUCCCAAGCACUUUUUUAUUAAGUCCCACUCCCACCAUUUCUUCUGCUAUAUUCUUUUCCACGAAUAUGCAAAAUAGUCUCACAAGCAUGUGUCUCCUUGCUUUGCUCUCCAGCUAAAUAGAAAAGUUUGAUUAAAAAACAAGCCAGGAUUCCUCAGAACGCUCCCUCCCCCAUUAGCCAGCUGCCUCCCACUGAGGAGCUCAGCUAGAUCUCCUGUCACCAAGCAGCGUGUUACUGCAAUCUCUUCCUCCUCACUUCUCCAACGAGCCAUUGAUACCGAUAGACUUGGCAUCUCCCCUCGGUGGCUGCUGUUUUGGGCUUUUUUUUAUUGUAGGGGUUUUUUUUUGCGGGGGGUGGGGGAGAUGGUUGUUUUGCAUUGUAAAUACCAUGAUGGGGGCCCCUCAUCAGAACAUGGCUUAUUUAAUAAUUUAUUCCCUAUUUAUUGAGUGGUAUCGGGAGAGGAGAGGGACCACCUCUUCCCCUGAAUUGCUAUUGGAAAUCGGUCCUUCUCCCAGCUCUGGGUGCGGCGGUCUACAGCAAGGGGCAUUAUCGCUCAGGUAAUGAGUGCUAGAAUCACCCGGCAAAUUGGAAUUGGCAGAAACGGAGUUUUCAGUCAUACAAAUUAAGCUCAAAUGGAACUAAAACACUGGUUAUCUCCGGGAAAAACCUCAUUUUGAUGGAAAUUAAUUACGGAAUAAAAUGCCUGAGCACGAACCAACUUCUAUUAAAAAGUCACAACUCCUUGAAAAAAAAAAAAAAAGAGAGAGAGACAAAAUUGUAAUUUCUUUUCUCUGGCCAAGAAAAGAUAUGCCUCAUCUUCUAACGAGUUGAGCCAAAGAGACUGGAACAACAUUCCUUUGUGAUUCUCUGGCCUGUGUGUGUCUGUCUGGAUGAAAUGGAGUGGGUCUCAGGCCUCAGUGUUAUCAUCUGUAAAAUGGGACUUGCGCUAAGUGUUCUCGGCAGGGGAGAGGGAGGGGGUUCCAACUCUGAUGCUGCAAGCUCUUAACUGUCAGCUAUACGGUCCCUGGUGUCUUCUGCCAACUGCAGGACGAAGACGUCUCCCAAGGAAGGAAAUAAAAAACCAGGGUGUGGACCUCAUUU